UCAAUAAAACACUUAUUAAACACGAUCGAAUGAUGUGAUCAACAUCUUAUUGCAUUUUGCAAAUCUACUUUUUUUUCUUAUUUUUUUUCAGAUUUUUUACAAAAUAGUAAAAUCUGAAUAAUCCGUUUUGUUGUGAACAUCAACCAACUAAUCAAUCAAUCAUCAUCCAAAUUCAUUGGUCCAAAAAAAAAAUUAAUAACAAAAAAUGUCAUUCACCGUACCCAUUCAUCCGGUUCCAUUUGUGGAUUCUUAUCAGGGUCCACUUGAACCAUUAGAUAUUACUGACAAUUCACCAUUAUCAUUAUAUGUUUUAUGUGCAAAAUAUAUUGUAAAAAAUAUUUCGAAAAUUUCUAUUAAUCAACAUUUACCAUCAGAAAUUUGUGACAAUCUAAUCGAGUUGUUUCGAAUUUAUCGUUCAAAAAAAGUUUGUAACAAAUUUCUAUCCGCAUUAAGUACGAAACAUUGUUCAGUAGUUUCGGCUAAUCUAAGUAAUCUGGAUAUAACCGAUGAAGAAUUGACUGAUUUUAUUGAUGCGCAAGGCAAAACAUUACGAUCAUUAAAUCUUUCAAAAUGUAGCCGAUUAUCUUCCAAUGUUUUAUUACAAGUCAAUCGAACAUUGUUAAAAGUUCAUGAUGUUGAAAAAUUAUGUCGAUUAGUUACAGUGUAUGAAAUUCCUGCUGAUCAUCCAUGCCAAAUUCCACGAUCAUUGGUACGACAAAAUUAUCCUUUUGUCAUUCGAAAAUUUUAUCAUAAAGGCAAAAUUCUAACCGAAAUAAAUAAAAACUAUAAAACAGCAUGUCCCGAAUCGUAUCUUCAAAAUUCAUACAUGUUACGUAAAGAAUGUCCACAAUACUCUCAACCAACAAUCGAUGAAAAUGUUUUCAUUAAUUCUUUACAAACGACAUUUGAACAUUCUUGUUCACGAAUACCGAAAACAAACUAUGAAUUAAAUCGUGAAAUGGGCCUAUUUUGUGAUCCAUAUUUUGCCAAAGAAUUUCUUUUCGAUAUGGAAGCUACAGCGUAUGCAUGUUAUGAUCGAUUAAUCGAUGACCACCGAACUUAUCAUCUGAAUGAAAUUCAAUAUCCACUCAUUAGUGCUUCACAGAUUAUAAGAUCUAAAAAUAAUUCACAAUUUCCUAAUGAAAAUCUCGAACCAAAUCAAUGUCCCUAUUGUUAUGGUAGCGGUAUUAAUCGAGAAAAAAUUAUGAUUUUACCAAAAGGAAUCUAUCAUUCAAUGCAUCUAUUCAGUAAAUAUUAUGGCCGUUAUUUUUCUUAUGAUGAUAAAUUUCUAUCCAAAUCAUCGGUUUGUCCAUCAAAAUUUGUUAAUGAUAAUAAUAAUAAACAAUCAUCAAUAAUUGACAUGAAUGUUGAAACGGAUAUUUCGGCUCCCGAAGAUGACGAUGAAUCAUAUUUUGAUAAUUCGUUUCCAUAUUCGGUUUUCAAUUUGAAAAGCCGUCAUGUUCCAUUAUUCAAUGAUCUUUCAUAUCCAUUCGGAUCAAUGUGUCGGCGAAGUUUGCUCAGCUCUUGUGACCAAUACUUUCCACGAAUCCAUACAUCAUCUCAGUUAUCGGGAAAUGCAUUCCCCACGUUACUAUCAAGAAAUAAUGCGGUUGAUGGAUUGAAUUCGGAAGAAUUCCCACCUUUACAACCAACACGAGUGGAUUCUAUCGGUGAUUCAACAUUGUCAUCACAAUCAAUGACUUCAGCUGCGGCUACUUCGUCAUCAUGUCCAAUUUUGUCAAGUUGUGCUGAAGCUGCAUUCUAUGAUUUCGAAACUAAUAAUUUACCCGGAGAAUCUUUGGCCGCUCUGAUGGAAGAAUCAACAUCAAACAGCAAUAGCCAUAAGUUUCCAAAAUUUUUGAAAAAAUUUCGACCACAUUCACAUAAUACUUUCGAAAAUGAUCAUAAUGAAAAUAAUUCGGAAUGUUCGAAAUCAUCGACAGUCAAUACGAUUGAUAUUAAUCAAAAUGUCAAGGAUGAAUCAUCACCAAGAAAUUUUUCACCCACCUCUUCAAUGUCAUUCGUAUUAUCCGAGGAUGAUUCACGAGAUUCACUCGAUGUUAAUGUAUUUGAAGUGAAUACACACGAGAUUACCUGUCCAUUACAUCCGAAAAACUGUCCUCCUGAAUAUGAUUAUUUUGAUUAUUUAAGUUUAGUGUACAAUACUGAAACAACAACAUCUGAAGAUGUAGCUUCAGAGCUUUAUUAUUCGGAAGAUAUGCUUCGUUUCGAAAUGUAUCCGUAUCAUGUAUAUCGCAUUGAAACACCAGGCUAUCCUUAUGUACGACUUGUUGAAGUCGUCACGUGGUCACCAUCAUCACUUGAAUCAUUGACUGUUGGACCUGGUUUAAUGCCACAAAAUCUUGAAGAAAUGCGUCCAGAACUUCGUCAAUCAAUUAUAUUGAAUCGAGAUUUUAAUCAUCUCAAACGAAUCGCUAUACAUGAAUGGCCAGUAGAUAUGCAAGAGAAAUUUUUUGCCGGUUCCAAAUAUCUCGAUAGAAUUACUCAUCUGGAUUUAAGUCAAUGUCAAUCUAUUGAUGAUGGUCGAUCAUUAAUACAAAUGUCGAAUCUAGAAACAUUGAUUCUAUACAAUGUCAAAGAAAUUUAUAGAGUAAUUGAUUCGAUUUGUAACAUUAAAUCAUUGAAAGUAUUAGACAUUUCUAAUUCGGGAGAUCAAACAACAGCAACACGUGAUCCUAAAAUGCCUACAAUUCCGAUUAGAACUCUCAUCUCAUCAUUGCCAAAAUUGGUCUCACUCGAUAUUUCCGGUUCAAAUAUAGCUGGUAAGUAAUUUUAUUCAUUAUCGAUGAUAUUGAUGUUUGACUUGUUUUAUUUAGUUGGAAUCGUAACCGGUCUAGCUGAACGGGAAAAUAAUCCAUUAGAAUUUUUGGGCAUUUUCAAUACAAAUGUUGAGCCAAGUUCUCGACAUCAUAUUCCAGCCAUAAAAAUUGCUGGAGAAAAUUUCGAAGAUUUAGUCUUGAAUUCAUGUGAGGCCUAUAUGAAUCGACCAGAAAUGUUGAAAAAAUGUUUAAAUGAAUUAUUUCAUAUAUUUCGUUAUGAGGAUGGCCAUCAUGAUUUGGAACGAGCUGUUAAAAUUCUAGUCUGUUCACUUGGCCGUCAUCCUAAUGAUAAAAUGAUUCAAAUGGCAGCUUCGGCUACAUUGUUUUAUGUCAUUAAAUCAGACGAAGCAAAACCAAUAUUGGGUAGAAGAAUCAAAGAAUUAAUUGUUACUCGUUUGUUAGAUGCUAUGCAAACAUUUAGAUAUGAUCAAACAAUGCUACGAAAUGGUUGUCUGAAUCUAAUACAUUUUCAGAUACCAGCCGAUGUGAUUUCUGAAUACACUCGUUUGGCUGAUAUUCUUCUGUACAUUGUCGGAAUGGAUGAUGAUGAUUUUGUACAGCGAUUAGGAAUCUAUUUGCUAAAUUUAUUAGCCUGUCAAGUGGAAGGAGAACAGAAAACAAUUGUAGGCAAUUUGGGUGCUAUUGAAAAAAUGUUGAAUUUAAUCGAAUCUCGUUAUAAUCGUAAUCUUUGUGAUGAAGUAAUGGAAACAGCGUGGAGUACAAUGUGGAAUGUUACAGAUGAAACUCCAAUAAAUUGUGAACGAUUUUUGAAUCAUAAUGGAAUGGAAUUUUUUGUCACUUGUAUGGAAAAAUUUCCUGAUCAUCCAGAAUUAUUACGAAACAUGAUGGGAUUAUUGGGAAAUGUAUCCGAAUGUGCUCAUCUUCGAUAUCGAUUGAUGAAAGAUGAUUAUAUUUUUCGAUUCGUACAGCUUUUGGAUUCACAAUCUGACGGUAUUGAAGUUAGCUAUAAUUCGGCUGGUAUUCUUGCCCAUAUUGCAUCGGAUGGUGCCGAAAUAUGGAAUCGACAUCUUCCCACUUGUAAUCGUGAUGAAAUGCUUGCUCGAAUGGAAUGUGCUAUUUCACGAUGGGAGAUUAAUUCAAAACGAAAUAUCAAUUAUAGAUCAUUCGAACCUAUUCUACGAUUACUUCGUGUUUUGUCUAUUUCAUGGCAAGCACAAUAUUGGGCUGUAUGGGCAUUGGCCAAUUUAACACGUGUUCAUAGCAAUAAAUAUUGUACAUUAUUGGAAAAAGAUGGCGGCGUUGAAGUUCUAAGAUCAUUUAUCGUAUCACCAAGACCGGAUAAUUUUUCAUUACCUGUAUCGGUUAAAUGUUUGGCAGUCGUUACCUUGUUUCAAUACUAUCUUUAUAAUACAUUUGGUAAUGUCAAAAUUUUGGAAAAAUCUAAUGAAAUCUCUUGUUUUGAGUUGAUAAAAUCUCCCAUAAUCAUUGGUGAUUUUCUACGGAAAUUUGGAUUCGAACAUUUAGCAUUGGAAUUGGAUAUCGAUUGUGAUAUGAAUGCAUGUAAAGAUAUUGUCAUGACUGAUCUAUGUAACAUGUUAAUGAAUAGAUCAUCAAAUAUUGAUGAAACAGCAUUGCGUAAUCUAAACAAUAAUGAUGACGAGUUGUUAUUGUGAUAGAAACAAUAAUUCAAAUUUAUAUUUUGGAAAAGUGCCAAUUUAUUUAGCAAAACCAUCUAACAAAAUACCCUAAUCUAAGCAC